ACACACCGCCUGCCUGCCCUCCUCCUGCCGGAGCCCAGCCUGAGCCGGCACCUGCUUUUCCACCAUGUUCAAGGGGCUGAGCAAAGGCUCCCAGGGGAAGGGGUCCCCCAAGGGCUCCCCAACCAAGGGAUCCCCCAAGGGCUCCCCCAGCAAGCACAGCCGGGCUGCCACCCAGGAACUGGCUGUGCUCAUCUCCCGCAUGCAAGCCAAUGCUGACCAGGUGGAGAGAGACAUCCUGGAGACCCAGAAGAGGCUGCAGCAGGACAAGGUGAACAGUGAGCACAGUCAGCCCCUGCAGUUCCAGCAGGAGACAGGCCGCAACCUGAAGGAGGCGGAGGUGCUGCUCAAAGACCUCUUCCUGGAUGUGGACAAGGCCCGGAGGCUCAAGCACCCGCAGGCAGAGGAAAUUGAGAAGGACAUCAAGCAGUUGCAUGAGCGAGUGACCCAGGAGUGUGCUGAGUACCGUGCCCUGUAUGAGAAGAUGGUUCUGCCGCCCGAUGUGGGGCCCAGGGUUGACUGGGCACGUGUGCUGGAACAGAAACAGAAGGAGGUCCGUGAGGGCCAGUACGGGCCAGGCAUGGCAGAGCUGGAGCAGCAGGUUGCAGAGCACAACAUUCUGCAGAGGGAGAUCGAGACCUACGGGCAGCAGCUGCGGACUCUCGUGGGACCGGAUGCAGCUACCAUCCGGUGCCAAUACCGAGACCUACUGAAAGCGGCCUCGUGGCGCGGGCAGAGCCUGGGCAGCUUGUACACGCACCUGCAGGGCUGCACGCGGCAGCUGAGCGCCCUGGUCGAGCAGCAACGUCGCAUCCUGCAGCAGGACUGGAGCGACCUCAUGGCCGACCCCGUGGGCGUGCGGCGGGAGUACGAGCACUUCAAGGAGCACGAGCUGCUGGGCCAGGAGCAGAGCGUGAACCAGCUGGAGGACGACGGCGAGCGCAUGGUGCAGCUCGGGCACCCGGCCGCCCGGCAGAUCCAGGUGCACCAGGAGGCGCUGAAGAUGGAGUGGCAGAACUUCCUGAACCUGUGCAUCUGCCAGGAGAGCCAGCUGCAGCACGUAGAGGACUAUCGCCGGUUCCAGGAAGAGGCUGACUCAGUCAGCCAGACUCUGGAGAAGCUAAGUGCCAACUUGGACUCCAAAUACAGCCCUAUUCCUGGGGGAUCCCCUACAGAGCUGCUGCAACAGCUGGAGGCAGAGGAGAAGCAGCUGACCAUGGCUGAGAAGACCAUUGGAGACCUCAAGUGGCAGAGCCGGGAGGUGGCACCUCUGCCGCUGCGCAGGAACCCACCCCAGCAGCCCCUGCAUGUGGACAGCAUCUGUGACUGGGACUCAGGAGAAGUGCAGCUAUUUCGGGGAGAGCAGUAUACACUGGUAGACAACACUGACCCGUAUACCUGGGUGGUGCAGGGCCCUGGAGGGGAAACCAAGAGUGCUCCAGCUACCUGCUUCCACAUCCCAGCACCAGACCCUGAAGCUGUGGCCAAGGUCUCCAGGCUGGCCUUGGAGCUGCAGGACCUGAAGCAGAAACUGGCCACAGUCCAAAGCCGCCUGAAGGCCACUACCAAAGAGCCUUUACAGCCUGGACCACAGGGUACCAGGGGCUUCAGGGAGGGGCUUGGGCCAUCUCAGGCAGACAUGAGGUGGGCGUGGACCCCAUCAGCACCUCUGCCCCCAGCUCCAGCUGGCUUGAUUUCAGCAGACCCACAGGCCCAGAAGCUCCUGACACAGAUGACCCGGCUGGAUGAUGACUUGGAACAGAUAGAGAAGCAGGUGCUGACCUGGACCCGGACCCCACUGAACCGCUCCACCCCACUGGAGGAUCUGGAAGGCCGCAUCCACAGCCUCGAGGGCACAGUACAGCGCCUGCAGACCCUGGGAGCUGAGAAGGAGGCAGCUCAGCAGGACUGUGAGGCAUUUCUGUCUGAGCGGCCUGUGGGCCCAGCAGCCCUGCAGCUGCCCAUGGCGCUCAACAAUGUCAAGAAUAAGUACAGCGACACGCAGAUUCUGUGUAACCUCUAUGGGGAGAAAGCCAAGGCUGCCCUGGGUCUAGAGCAGCAGAUCCGAGAUGCAGACAAGGUCAUCCGAGGCUUUGAGUCCACCCUGGCACAGGAGACUCCCAUCCCCGAUGGCCCAGGGGCACUGCAGGAGAGGGUCAGCCAGCUGCAGCACCAGCGGCGGGAGCUUCUGGAGCAGCAGGCCUGUGUGUUGGGGCUGCACCGCCGGCUGAAGGCCACCGAGAAUGCAUGCAGUGCACUGCAGAACAACUUCCAAGAGUACUGCCAAGAUCUGCCUCGCCAGCAGCGCCAGGUGCGGGCCCUUACCGACCGCUACCACACUGUGGGGGACCAGCUGGAUCUGCGGGAGAAGAUGGUGCAGGAUGCCAGCCUCACCUACCAGCAGUUCAAGAACUGCAGAGACAACCUGAGCUCCUGGCUGGAGCAACUGCCCCAAAACCAGGUGCGGCCCAGCGAUGGGCCCAGCCAGAUCGCCUACAAGCUGCAAGCGCAGAAGAGGCUGACACAGGAGAUCCAAGGCCGAGAGCGGGACAGGGCCAGAGCAUCCUGUCUCUCCCAGGACCUGCAGGCAGUUCUCCAGGACUAUGAGCUUCAGGCUGAUACCUAUCGUUGCUCCCUGGAGCCCACCCAGGCAGUGUCAGCUCCCAAGAGACCCCGAGUGGUCCCCCUGCAGGAGAGUAUCCAGGCCCAGGAGAAGAACCUUGCCAGGACCUACACUGAGGUCACAGCUGCCCACCAGCAGCAGCUGCACCAGCUGGAAUUUGCUAGAAGGAUGCUAGAGAAGAAGGAGCUCAGUGAGGACAUCCAGGUGACCCAUGAUGCAAAGCAGGGAGCCAAGAGCCCAGCCCAAGUAAGGAGGGAGUCAGAGGUUCUGAAGUCCCAGCUGGAGGAGGAGAGGAAGCGGGUGGCCCAGGUGCAGUGUGAGCUGGAAGAACAGAGGCGCCAGCUACUGCAACUGAGGACCCAGCGGCCUGUGGAGAGGCUGGAGGAGAAGGAAGUUGUGGAGUUCUACCGAGACCCCCAGCUGGAGAGCAGUGUGGCCAAGGUGAAGUCCCAGGUGGAGGAAGAGGGCAAGAGACAGGCUGGUCUGCAGGUAGAUCUGGAGGCGGUGACCCAGAAGGUUGUCCAGUUGGAGAGCAAGAGAAAGACCAUGCAGCCUCACCUGCUGACCAAGGAGGUCACCCGGAUUGAGAGGGACCCUGGCCUCGACAGCCAGGCGACCCAGCUGCACAGUGAGAUCCAGAAGCUGCAUGGGGAGAAUUCUGCCAUCUUGGUCAGGCUGGAGAUGCUGAAGAAGGACCUCCUGGCUCUGGAGCAGAAGGAGGUGAACGUGAAGGAGAAGGUCGUGGUGAAAGAAGUGGUAAAGGUAGAGAAGGAUCUGGAAAUGGUUAAGGCAACCCAGGCUCUGAGGCUGCAGAUUAAGGAAGAUGCUGUGCGGAGGAAGGGGACGGAGGAGGCCGUGGCCAGGCUGCAGGCUCACAUCAAAGACCUGGAGCAGGUCAUCAGCUCAGUGGAGCCCAAGGUCAUUGUGAAGGAGGUAACGAGGGUGGAGCAGGAUCCUGGCCUUCUAAAAGAGUCUUCCAGACUGAGAAGCCUGCUGGAGGAGGAGAGGAACAAGAAUUCAACACUGGCCAGGGAACUGAGGGACCUGCAGAGCAAGUACAGUGUGGUGGAGAAGCAGAAACCCAAGGUGCAGUUCCAGGAGAGAGUCAGUGAGAUCUUCCAGGUGGACCCGGCGACAGAACAGGAGAUCACACGGCUCAGGAGAGCGCUGCAGGAGACAGCCAGCAAGAGGAAAAACGUGGAGGAGGAGGUGGAAAGGCUGCUGCCGGACCUGGCAGUCCUGCGGGUCCAGAAGCCCGCAGUGGAGUACAAGGAGGUGAUCCAGGAGGUGGUGAGGCAUGAGAAGAACCCAGAGGUGCUGCGUGAGAUCGACCGCCUCAAGGCUCAGCUCAAUGAGCUGGUCAAUGUCGAUGGGCGCUGCCAGGAGCAGCUCAUCAGGCUGCAGGGGGAACGUGACGAGUGGAAGCGGGAGCGGUCGAAGGUGGAGACCAAGAUGGUGAACAAGGAGGUGGUACGCCACGAGAAGGACCCAGUGCUGGAGAAGGAGGCCAAGCGGCUCCGCCAGGAGGUGCGGGAAGCAGCCCAGAAGAGGCGGGCUGCUGAGGAGGUGGUCUACGAGCUGCAGAACAAGUACCUGCUGCUGGAGAGGAGGCGUCCCGAGGAGAAGGUGGUGGUGCAGGAAGUAGUGGUCACUCAGAAGGACCCAAAGCUACGUGAGGACCACAGCCGACUGAGCCGCAGCCUGGAUGAAGAAGUGGGUCGCCGGCGGCAACUGGAGCGAGAGGUGCAGCAGCUACGAGCCAGUGUGGAGGAGAAGGAAGGCCUGCUCAGCUUCCAGGAGGACCGCAGCAAGAAACUGGCCACGGAGAAGGAGCUGCGGCAACUGACCCUGAGGAUCCAAGAGCUGGAGAAACGGCCUCCUGCAGUGCAGGGGAAGAUCAUCAUGGAGGAAGUGGUCAAGCUGGAGAAGGAUCCAGAUCUGGAGAGAUCCACUGAAGCCCUGCGGCGGGACCUGGACCAGGAAAAGACCAAAGUGAUGGAGCUACAUCGGGAGUCCAAGAACCUGCAGGUCCAGAUUGAUGUCCUCCAAAAAACCAAAUCGCAGGAGAAGACCAUCUACAAGGAAGUGAUCAGGGUGGAGAAGGACCAGGUGCUGGAGGGUGAGCGGGCCCGGGUAUGGGAAAUGGUCAGCAGAGAGCGGGCAGCCCGCCAGGGCCGGGAGGAGAAGGUGCGGCAUUUGCGGGAGCAGAUCGACAGGGCGGAGGCACUGAGGAGGACCUGGUCCAGGGAAGAGGCUGAGCUGCAGAAGUCCCGGGACCAGGCCAGCCUGGAGCGAGGGAGGCUACAACAGGAGCUGCGGGAGCUGGAGAGGCAGAAGCAGCAGAAAGCAUUGCAGCUAGAGGAGGAGGCGAAGGUGCUCAGCCAGAAGACGGAGAGUGAGCGGCAGAAGGCAGCCCAGAAAGGCCAGGUGCUCUCAAAGCUUGAGGCUGCCAUUCUCCAGGAAAAGGACCAGAUCUACGAGAAGGAGAGGACCCUUCGGGACCUGCACACCAAGGUGAGCCGGGAGGAGCUCAGCCAAGAGACCCAGACAAGGGAGACCAACCUUUCCACCAAGAUCUGCAUCUUGGAGCCGGAGACUGGUAACGAUAUGUCCCCAUAUGAGGCCUACAAGAGGGGUAUCAUUGACCGAGCCCAGUACCUCCAGCUGCAGGAGCUAGAGUGUGACUGGGAGGAGGUCACCACCUCGGGUCCCUGCGGGGAGGAGUCUGUGCUCCUGGACCGCAAGAGUGGGAAGCAAUACUCCAUCGAGGCCGCCCUCCGUUGCCACCGCAUCUCCAAAGAGGAGUACCACCUGUACAAGGAAGGCCGUCUCCCCAUCUCUGAGUUUGCUUUGCUUGUGGCAGGGGAGACCAAGCCCUGCUCCUCACUUUCCAUUGGCUCCAUCAUCUCCAAGUCUCCUCUCUGUUCCCCAGUCCCCCAGAGCACCGGUUUCUUUUCCCCAGGCCUCUCUCUUGGGCUCACAGAUGACAGCUUCCCCAUCGCCGGUGUCUACGACACAACCACAGACAACAAGUGCAGCAUUAAGACGGCUGUGGCCAAGAAUAUGCUAGACCCCAUCACUGGGCAGAAGCUGCUGGAGGCCCAGGCGGCCACAGGAGGAAUUGUGGACCUUCUCAAUCGUGAGCGCUACUCUGUGCACAAGGCGUUGGAGAGGGGGCUGAUCGAGAACACCUCCAUGCAGCGGUUACUCAAUGCCCAGAAGGCCUUCACUGGCAUCGAGGACCCGGUCACCAAGAAGAGGCUGUCGGUGGGAGAGGCCAUCCAGAAGGGCUGGAUGCCCCUGGAGAGUGUGUUUUCACACCUGCUGGUGCAGCACCUGACUGGGGGGCUCAUUGAUCCCAAGAGGACGGGACGAAUCCCUAUCCCUCAAGCUGUGCAAUGUGGUAUGAUCAGUGAAGACCUGGGGCAGCUCCUGCAGGACGAGUCUGGCUAUGAGAAGGAUUUGACAGACCCCAUCUCCAAGGAACGUCUGAGCUACAAGGAGGCCAUGGGGCGUUGCCGCAAAGACCCCCUGAGCGGCCUGUUGCUCCUCCCAGCUGCACUGGAGGGGUACCGCUGCUACCGCGCAGCCUCCCCUGCCUUCCCUCGCUCCUGUGUGCGCUAAUGGACAGGCUAGGCUGUGGGGAAAGGAAGACUGCAAGCAUCUCUCGCCCCGAGCAGCUUAAUCCCCUUAAUCCCCGUUCCUCUGUCCAUCCAUCGCUUUCUCAUUACUCAUAUGUUUGUGGUGUUGGGCUGCCUCCCCAGCUUUGGUGCCCCAUCCAUCCCCACAGCCGAUC